GUGGACCAUUAACCACCCAGCCAAGAAGAGUCUGCACUCCCUUCACUUGCACAGGAACGACAGCAAGUGUGCACUCUUUCCUGCCGGCCCCAGUAGGUUUAUGCGGUUCUCGAGAAACCAAGUCGCUGCUCACAGAGGAAUCGCCAAGCCACCGUACGCUGCCAUAGCUGGGCACGGCAGGGGUGCAAGACCGAGGUAUUCCAACCCAUAUCUCGGACUUAUAGUCGGCCAGCCUACCCGACACUUAGUGCCGCUUAACCGGACCCCGCUGCUACCCCCGAUGGAUUGCGGUCGACGCCACUCUGGAUUUCCAGAGGAACCUGGUCCGAUUGAGGCUGCUUGCAUAGAUAGUUUCCAAAGCAUUGUCCUACUUGCUGCUAAGGAGAUCGACAAGAGAAUUGAUGACAUGUUCAAGCGUGGCAAACAAGAUGAGAGCGAACCAUUUUUUGGACCAAUGUGUCAGCUGGAGAGUGACAUCAGGCCUAUGAUCGAGGCUGAAGUCAGACUUCAGAUCCACUUCACAAACAAGAAUAGACUCGCCUCUUCAGUGUCAGCUAAUUUGCUUCACACAGAUGGUUUUCUGCAGCAUAUUCGACAGUAUAUAAAGUCUAUUGUCGAAGUCAUUGUCGAAGAUGAGCGGAAGAAGCAGGAGGCACAUCAGGCCUACUUGGGAAGGAAAGAGGAACUCCUUCAGCUCAUUCAGUGGGAAGAAUAUAAGCAGGCUUUGGAGACGGCACUCUCAAGCAAUGACCCCAGGUUGGUCAGUGUGGUCUGCAAGAGAUUGUUGGAAUUGAAUAUUUACAACACCUCUACCCGCCAAAUCGAGCCACUCUACAUGCUGACGAUCAUCGCGGCACUGUCAAAGAACCUCGUAAUGGACAGCAAUUACCAGGACAGGUUUUUGCUCAGGACAGUGACAGCGUUGCCUAUAGAGGAGGCUGUCGGGCAACAUCUGGACCAGAUGAUGGAGGUGCUGAAGAGCUGUCUGACAACCGUCACUGCAUUCAUCCCCAACAAAACAAACUCAGAAUAUUUGCAUACGUUGAUUGGAUACUUGAACCUAUUGCUUAAGUGAAAUAAAGUGAGACGAGUUGGCACUGGAA